UCAACACCACAGAAGUCACUGGGAGGAUUAACAGUGUGAUAGAUACUGCACUACCAAACAUUGGCAGUAUAACUAUAAUCCCAUCAGGAUUAAAAACUCAACUCGAUAAUUUCUCUAGCUCAGGGGUGGAUGCAAUCAAUUUCACACAGUACACAGACCAGUUGAACAUGGACAUCACUACAUCACCAUUGGAAGAUGCAGUUACUCGUCUUAACACUUCAGCUGACAGUUUAGCAGCAGAUCCAAGUAAAACCACUGCAGCAGAAAGCCUGAGGAACCAGUCCGCCAUUUUGCAGGCUUUGAAGGAUGAGGAAGUUGCAAAUAUUAGCAAACAGUUUGAUCAACUCAAGGCUGUAGUGACACAUUUACAGGGUUACACGGACAUACAGAAUAGGACAAAAAACCUGAUUGACGGACUUACAGCAGCCCAAGAUAAUUUUAAUAAUGGCAGUACCCGGAUUGUUAACGAGAUGUUGAAGCUGGUGACCAGGAAUAUUUCCACAUUUGUGCAGACUGAGAUAGAUGGAGUAAAAACUAAGAUAGAAACUGACAUCGGCAAGUGCCAGCCUCUGUAUGCUGCCACCCAGCAGGCUUCUGAUGCCUUCUGUCUCGUCACUCUAGACCCAUUCAAUGGUUUCUGGUUUGGUCUAGGCUGGGGCCUGUCAGCAUUCAUCUUCUGUAUUGUUUUUGCCCUGUGUCUAGCCAGUCUCUACCAGCGAGAGAAGGCUUAUGACAAGUUUUUAGACAACAGUAGGAGGAAAGCCAGGCAUACACAGGAACUGGACAGUCCGGACAUGGAGAUGUACCAAGGUCAGGCCGGCUACAAUGCGUACGGCCACCAGGAUAAUGUACCGUUAACAAGCACGGAGGCAGGUUAUCAAAAAGGUGGGCGAGGCAGGGGCGUGCCAAACGCGGCCUACGACAAUGGUCAGCAGCAGGAUCCAUACUUACGUAAUGAAGCCCCUGGCAGUAAGAAGAGGAAACAGUACUACUAGCUUGAUGGAGUCCUUUUGAGUUGUCAUAGCUCAGGUUUCUUACAAAGAUUCCUAAUGCCAAAAUAUUUUUGGGAAUAUGUUUUUAAAAUUUUGAAUGAAUUGCCUUUUCAUAGAAAGUUGUUAUGGAAUAUGUCAGCUGUUUGCUGACAAACGUGCUACUGUUAGAGAAAAACUACAAUCCAUCAUUAAUGAGUCCUCUGAGGACCAGUAUUCUGAAGCUUGUUGCUAUGUUUAGAGUAAUGAGUUUGUUUCCUCCCAUAAGAAUUCAUUUUGAAAACCAAAUAGUAAUAAAAUUCAAACCAAAACCAAGAGAGGAUGACGUUCAUUGAUAUCCUUGGUCCCAAAAUUAAGUAAAGGUGAUAUCAUUAUUUGAUUAUGACAUCCCAUAAUACUUAAGGUAGAUGGUAACACUGCACCUGUCAAAUCAUUAAGAAGAGUUCCACUCAGACCGGUUUUCCUUUAAGAGAGUAUUCUCCCUUUUAAGAAGAAGAUGAAAUGAAGAAAAGAUUUUGUUUUUGACUUCUUAGUUGGGAGCACAUUUGAAUGCUGUGCAUUAUAAUUCCUGGAUAUCAAUAUUGGUAACGAGUCGUGUUUGAAUUGUAUAGGUCUUGCAGUCAUUGCCAGCUAUAGUAUUUUUUGUUUGUUUUUAUUAUAUCAAUUUUCAAUUAUUGUAAAAUUUCAAACAACCAUGAUUACAGUAAAAUGUGUUGUAACAUGUGAUUGAUAUGAUGAUUCCCUUUACCUGAAAGGUGAUAUAAUGAUUUGAUCAUUGUAUCCCAUACUACUUUAAGUUGUGAGUGAUAUGAUUGGAGAAAGAUGAUAUAUUGUAUUAUUUAUACAAAUAUGUUCCUAAUGUUGCAACAGAAAUGUCUGCAGUAGAUUGUACAUUAUGGUAACCAUAGAUAUGAUAAUCAGGUUUUUCCCUGAUAUUUUUUUAAGAAACAUUCCAAACAUAUACAUUCCAAAUGCCUAAAAGAGGUGUUUCCUAAUUAUAAAAUUUACUUAUUAACUAUUAAUUUGUUUCUUUCUGAAUAUUCAUUAUAACACAACCUGAAAAUGUUACAUAUUUUUUGUUUUACAUUUUUUUGCUGUAUUGAAAUGAUUUCAUUGUACAGCCAGAUUUCCUCCUGUUUUACAAACUACAUAUCUGACUAGUGUUACUUAAAGCUCCAAUUUCUUUGAACUAUAAAUGUAUACAUUCGUAAGUAACACUGAGUACUAUAUCAUGUUACUAUUGCUGUCACCAUAGGAACAAAGUUUGUUCAUGUUACUGGUUUCUAUACAUUCCAAAGUCACACUGAGUUCCAUAUCAUGUUACUAUUGCCGUCACCAAAGGAACAGAUUUAUAUCAUGCUACUUAAUUCUAUGCAUUCCUAAGUAACACAGAGUUCUCAUAUCAAAUGUUACUUGUUUCUAUACAUUGCAGAUCAACACUUAAUUCCCAUAUCAUGUUACUACAUGUAUUGCCUUUACACAAAAAUUACAGAGUUAAAUCAUGUUACUGGUUUCUAUGUAUUCCUAAGUGACACUGAGUUCCUAUAUCAUGUUACUGGUUUCUAUGUAUGCCAAAGUAACAAGAGUUCCAUAUCAUGUUACUGGUUUAUAUGUAUGCCAAAGUAACAAGAGUUCAAUAUCAUGUUACUGGUUUCUAUGUAUUCCUAAGUAACAAGAAUUCCAUAUCAUGUUACUGGUUUCUAUGUAUUCCUAAGUGAAACUGAGUUCCUAUAUCAUGUUACUGGUUUCUAUGUAUGACGAAGUAACAAGAGUUCCUAUAUCAUGUUACUGGUUUCUAUGUAUGCCAAAGUAACAAGAGUUCCAUAUCAUGUUACUGGUUUAUAUGUAUGCCAAAGUAACAAGAGUUCAAUAUCAUGUUACUUGUUUCUAUGUAUUCCUAAGUAACAAGAGU